AUGAAGAAAUUCGGAUUGGUCUCGCUCCUCUUUGUGGCAUGUGAGCACUGCCAUGUAGAUGCAUUUAGCAGCAAAAUCCAACCGACGGGUCGUCUCUACUGGGUGCCCACGGCUACAGCUACUGUGGUUCGGGCAUCGACAAUUCCUCAAGUGGAGGAAGACAGUGAGCAGCAAACGUCACUCAACAAACUUCAACAAGAAGUUGCAUCUUCAGCUAUUGUCACAACAGCAACAACAACCACUACUACAGAACCGCAAUCUACAUCUCCAUUGGACGGAUUGGCUGCAGUCCUCUUUGGUCAGAGUAGUAGUAGUGGAAGUCGUGAAUACCAACGAGGAUUGAUUACCAUUGGUUUCAUUACCCUCUUGUUCUCUUCCAAUUCACCCGUCUUGCACGCGGCAUUCACAUCAUCAUCGGGAAAUGCUCCACCCGUCUUGUUGCUCAAUGCGGGCGUCAGUGUUGUGGCAUUGGUCGGACUAUUAUUGGGCGGAGAAACACUCGAAAACAACACGGAACUUCCCUCGAGUUUGUUGGAACAACAACAACAACUCAAAACGGGACAACCGCCCCAAGAACAAUUCCUGGAACCUAACGACAAUAAUAAUGGUCUUUCGUUCCUAAACAACAUGAUGGACGAGGACGACCAAAAAGUAUUACAGGGAGGCUGCGAGUUGGGAUUGUGGAAAUUCCUGGGAACUACCGCCAACAUUUACGGCCUUUCACUGACGACGGCAGCCCACGGGGCCUUUCUCAUUCAAUUGACCACUCUCAUUGUCCCCGUCGUGCAGGGGAUCAUGGGUGUCCCCAUUCCCAAACGAAUUCAGUUCUCCAUUGUAUUGGCAUUGGCGGGAGUUGUCUGCUUUACGCAAGAUCCUACUGGUACACCCUCCUUGGUGGGAGAUGUAUUGUGUGUCAUUGCCGCAGCAUUUUAUGCCACAUACGACUUGCGACU